UUGAAGGCAGUUUGUCACAUUCAGUGCUGCAGGCUCCUCCUCGUGAACUUUGGAACAGUUUUUUUUUUUCAUCUUUCUGUUUUCUGAACGGUCACACUUUCACUCCUCAACUCAUCACAGAAAUAUGUUUGAUGCCUGGAUCUUAUUGUUCCUUCCCCUGUUAGGGGCGAGGGCCUUCAUGAUCCACAACACCCAGCGCAGCUUGUGUCUGGAGGACUCAGCAGCUACAGGUGAAGUCCUGUUAAAGAACUGCAACCUGGACUCAGAGUCUCAGCAGUGGAUCUGGGUUGAUCAGGGCAUGCUGAUGUGUGUUGUAUCGUCCAGAUGUCUGUCAGCCCUGCAGAGAGAGCCUGUCCGGACUCAGUCCUGCUGGGGUCCGGAGGUGGAUGUGACAGGGUUAAUGUGGGACUGUGACAGGGGCAGACUGAUCAACAGGAACACCUCAAUGCUGCUGUCAGUAGAUGGCUGGCGUCUGGAUCUCACACAUGACAGCAAACACUCAAAGUGGAGAUCUCUGGAUGAAGGGGACAUCUGCCACGAAAAACUCAGAUCCAGGAGAGCAUCUAAACAUCCAGAAGAGUUUGAGGCUGCAGAGGAGCAGACAGGCGACAUGACGGAGGAUGAGAGAGAAUACCUUCGCUGGUUCUAUCGCACAGAAAACCCAACCACAUGGAAGUUUGUGCUGCUGGGACUGGCCUUCGUCUGCCUUCUUGUUGGUUUUCUGCUGCUGGGAAUGGGAGCCAUGGCCAACAAGAACAGAAAGAAGAUUGCAAAGUACAAAGCAGCUGCUGUGGCUCAGAAAAGUGAGGAGCUGCAGAUCAUUGCACCACUCAGAGAUGUCAGCAACAGCAGACCAUCAGAGUCACUGGACAGGCUGAUGCAGGGAAACCAGCCCCCCCCACCAAACGGGGAGGUGAGCGAGCUCAAAGCAGGAAACAUCCUGGUCACAUGGAAAGACGGCAACACCUCCUGCCUGUACUCAGAUCCUGCAGCAGAGGAGGAGGAUCAGGAGAAGAAACAGGAGGAGGUGUCAGCUGAUGAGGCGAUGGAGUGAAGAGUUUCCAACAGCAGGUGUUAUUAAGCUCAGCCUGUAGGGUUAGGGUCUCUUUUUUUUACAUUCAAAGAUUCUAUUGAGGUUUUUGUAUAAAUUAAGCUUUGAAUGUCUGUCAUCAUAUUUUAUGGCAUCACCCUAAAAGAAGAAAACAUCCUCAAACAAA